AUGGCAAGUUUUUUGAAAAAAUUGGUUGAGCACCGAUCGAAGUCUCCACAAAAGAAGAAUUCUCAUCCGCCGGAUAAUAAACAAUCCUCUCGCCAAAACUUCAAUCCAUAUGCCCCGUAUGCACCUGUCUGCUACCUCCCACUACCACCGUCCCCGACACCAAACAAUCACACACACCAAACAAAACAUAGCAGUAGUCGGUCAAAUGAAUCCUUUGGAAUCCAUAGUUGGAAUACUGAACCCCGGGAAAUCGAUGACGUUUUCUACCAACAGAAACCAUCACCGGUCUUACCAAGUUUCGAAGCACCCAUACCAGGACCCCUGAUGAGAGCCAGAUCUCAUUCUCCAAGAAAAAUGAAAAGGGAAUCAAACGAUGAAAGAAAGUUCAAGAGUAAAUCAAAAUCUCCACAAAAGAAACCUGUUACUGUAAUUAGUCAAUUGGAUUAUUUAAAUUCUCAGUGUCAUUUGGAAGGUUGUCGAGCUGAUGUGGUGGUAAAUUCUACUCGAUUUAUGCUUUGUCGUCACCAACUUUGCCAUGCUUCCGUAUGGUUCAAAGAUCUGUUAAACGGGAGCAAGGAGUCUAAUAAAGAUUACCAUGUCAACGUAUCGAACCUCUCCGACCCCUCUCCGUCUACUCAAUUCAGGUGGUUUGUCGAAUCCUGCAUACCUUGCCCAGCACUCAAAGAUAUAUCAGACGAAACUCUCGAAACUUGUAUGAGGCUAUCCCAACGGUUUCAGGCCAAAGGACUAGAAUUGCGGUGUAUGAAGUAUCUGAUUGAAAAUGUUCAUCAACGUCAACCUAUUGUCGCGUUAUGUUGGCUAAAUUGGGCACUAAAACACAACUUUGAUACUCAAACUCAUGCUGCUCUGCUUCCCUCUGUAUCAAGGUUAUCUCUUAACGCACUACAGAGACAUCGACAUAUGAUUACGGAACAUAUCUAUUCGGAUAUCAUUACCGCAAAGUUGAGAGCCACGUAUGAUAAGACUGUGCAAGUUUUUCUAGCUAUUCACAAAAUUGAUCAUUUUUCCGUCGAUUUUGACACUUGUCCGAGAUGUAAACGGACAAAAGAUAAUGGAAUGAAGAUCAAGGUUCAUUGCGAUCCCUGCAGAAAACAAGUUGGCUGUGAUCGGUGCUAUCAGGAAGGGUGUGAGAUCAGUAAUCGUGCAGGAGAGGAUCUCCAGGCCUUCUUCAAAUGUCCACAUGGAAUGACACCUAUAAAUGACACGACAGAUGAUUGUCAGUGUCAAAUACCGUAUAUGGCACAAUACUUAGGCAAUCAACCUACAAUGCGAUUCCAAGAGAACAAUGACGAGUACAUGGUUCCCACGGACCAACUAUUAAGAAACGAACGGAAAAAUAAGAAAAAAUAUCGAGAGAAUUGA